AUGUGCCAUCCUGACAAGCCUUUUACUUCUGAUAAGCUCCGAUGUGUGUUUAAUGAAUACAAAGCCGCGGUCUGGGUGCCGCCUCGGCUGCGGCCGCUCUCCUGCGCUCCUUUGCCAGAAGAUCGGACUGAGAAGCACUCCACGAUGCCAGACUCACCUGUGGAUGUGAAGACCCCGUCUAGGCUGACUCCUCCCACGAUGCCACCUCCCCCAACAACUCAAGGAGCUCCCAGAACCAGUUCAUUUACACCAACAACGUUAACUAAUGGCACGAGCCAUUCACCCACAGCCUUGAAUGGCGCCCCCUCACCGCCCAAUGGCUUUAGCAAUGGGCCUUCCUCUUCUUCCUCUUCUUCUCUGGCUAAUCAACAGCUGCCCCCAGCCUGUGGCGCCAGGCAGCUCAGCAAGCUGAAACGGUUCCUCACUACCUUGCAGCAGUUUGGCAAUGACAUUUCACCGGAAAUAGGAGAGAGAGUCCGCACCCUCGUACUAGGACUGGUGAACUCUACUUUGACAAUUGAAGAAUUUCAUUCCAAACUGCAAGAAGCUACGAACUUCCCACUGCGACCUUUUGUCAUCCCAUUUUUGAAGGCCAACUUGCCUCUUCUGCAGCGUGAGCUCCUCCACUGCGCAAGGCUGGCCAAACAAAACCCUGCCCAGUACCUCGCCCAGCAUGAACAGCUGCUUCUGGAUGCCAGCACCACCUCACCUGUUGACUCCUCAGAGCUGCUUCUCGAUGUGAACGAAAACGGGAAGAGGCGAACUCCAGACAGAACCAAAGAAAAUGGCUUUGACAGAGAGCCUUUGCACUCAGAACAUCCAAGCAAGCGACCAUGCACUAUUAGCCCAGGCCAGCGGUACAGUCCAAAUAAUGGCUUAUCCUACCAGCCCAAUGGCCUGCCUCACCCCACCCCUCCUCCACCUCAGCAUUACCGUUUGGAUGAUAUGGCCAUUGCCCACCACUACAGGGACUCCUAUCGACACCCCAGCCACAGGGACCUCAGGGACAGAAACAGACCUAUGGGGUUGCAUGGCACACGUCAAGAAGAAAUGAUUGAUCACAGACUGACAGACAGAGAAUGGGCAGAGGAAUGGAAACAUCUUGACCAUCUGUUAAACUGCAUAAUGGACAUGGUAGAAAAAACAAGGCGAUCUCUCACUGUACUAAGGCGAUGUCAGGAAGCAGACCGGGAGGAAUUGAAUUACUGGAUCCGGCGGUACAGCGAUGCCGAGGACUUAAAAAAGGGCGGCAGCGGUAGCAGCAGCCACUCCAGGCAGCAGAGUCCUGUCAAUCCAGACCCAGUGGCGUUAGAUGCACAUCGGGAAUUCCUUCACAGGCCUGCUUCUGGAUAUGUGCCAGAGGAGAUCUGGAAGAAAGCUGAGGAGGCGGUCAACGAGGUGAAGCGGCAGGCGAUGACCGAGCUGCAGAAGGCCGUGUCCGAGGCCGAGCGGAAGGCGCACGAUAUGAUCACCUCGGAGCGCGCCAAGAUGGAGCGCACGGUGGCCGAGGCCAAGCGGCAGGCGGCGGAGGACGCUCUCGCUGUCAUCAACCAGCAGGAAGAUUCCAGCGAGAGUUGCUGGAAUUGUGGCCGUAAAGCGAGUGAAACCUGCAGCGGCUGUAACACAGCCCGAUACUGUGGCUCGUUUUGCCAGCACAAAGACUGGGAGAAGCACCACCACAUCUGUGGACAGACCCUGCAAGCCCAGCAGCAGGGGGAUACGCCUGCUGUCAGCUCCUCCGUCACGCCUAACAGCGGGGCUGGGAGCCCGAUGGACACACCACCAGCAGCCACCCCGAGGUCGACCACCCCGGGGACCCCUUCCACCAUAGAGACAACCCCUCGCUAGAUGUGCACUCAGAACUGUCAGAGGAAAGACAACACAACCAACGUGAAACCAAUUCCUCAUCCUCAGAUGCUCAAAGUUGUUUUUUGUUUGUUUGUUUGUUUAUAGAUGAACUAUCCUGGUUCAGUACUUCAGCAAGAGAGAACCUAACUGUAUCUUGAGGCGAUAGUAAAACAGAGGGCCAGUAACGGGUCGUAAUGACUUACUGUGGAUAACAAAGAUUUCUUUUCCUUAGAGAACUGAAAAGAGAGCAGAAAAUAUAACAAGAAAUGAUAGAUUUGACCUCCUCCUUGUUAUUUUCCAGUAGCUGGGAUUUUAAACUAGAUGACCUCAUUAACCGAUGCUUUACCAAACAGCAAACCAAGAGAUUGCUAAUUGCUGUUGAAAGCAAAAAUGCUAACAUUAAAAGUCACAAUGUUCUUUAUAUACAGUAAUGGAAAAAAAGAGGAAAACCCUCAAGGGCAUGAGCAUUGGCUACAGCAGUAGACAUUUUAACAAGAAGAUGAAUGGCGUCCGUGGGUUGCUAACUGAACUUUGAAGACCCGCCACAAAACGCACAGAUGUGUAGCAUAUUGGAAGGAGACACAGAUGUUCGGUUUUUUUCCUGUUUCUGAAAAGAAAUAAUAUCCAGGUCAACAGAAGGAAAAAUGAAAGAUGAUUUGCAGUGGGAUAUGUGAAUACAGCAGCAAGAAAAAAAUGCCAUAACACAGAAGGCUCCUUUAUAUAUAUAUACACACACACACAGAAGUAAGAGACUCAGCCUGCAGUUAUUAGCAUCCUGGCAGCUUUGACACCAGCCAGCUGCCCUAAACAGCCCUCAACGUUUCUUCACUUUUGCAAGGUUCCACAGAGCAAGACAUUGGGUCUAUUCCAGCUCAUUCAUUUUAUAUUGAAAAAUAAUUUUUAAAAAAUGAUGGCUCCAGCUCCAGCCCCUUUCUAAAUUUUUUCAACCCCACCCUAUUUGGAUUUUUAAUUAAAAACUAGUAGUUCUCUUGGUGUUAAAACACUUCUGUCCUGUGAGGUUUCCCAAUGGUGUUUUUCUUGUAAACGUGCUGGACGACUGUGAAGACGCGUUGUAGUUUAACCACGUGCCCACAUUUAGUCUCUUUAUUCCUAGUUGGUGAGAAACCUGUAUCUUUCUAUGCUGCUUUUAUAUCUGUAUGUAUUAGUGGUAUUUCUCUAGUAGUUCAAAAAAAACAAAAACAAAAAAGGAAAAAAAAGACUUUUUUUGGUUGUCCUCAAGAAAAGAAAGAAAAAGGCUAUCUUUCGGAGCUGCUAUUUCAUUCUCUUAUAGAAUUUUUUUUUUUUCCUGAAAACCAGCAUGCUUCAUGGAAUGCUAACAUAUUGGUGUUUUUGUAAGAGGGAUGUACAUAAAUGUAUUUUGCACUGUCACAAUGACUCCCUAGGCAUGCUUUUUUUUUUUUUUUUUUGAGCAAACUCUUUUUAAAUAUGCUAGAGCCAUUUCACCAAGUUUAGCUGUAGCAUAGAGUAGUAGUGGAAUUUUUCUUUUUUCUUUUUUCGUUGAAAAAUCAUUAUUAGGGACUUUAAAAAAAAUAACAAGAUAUCCUACUUUUAAAAAAAAGACAGUGCAUGCGUAUUGCUGUAAGGUUGUUUAAGUAUUUCUAAUUUUACAAAAAAAAAAAAAAAAAGAUAAA